GUCUUUAAUUCAUAAGUACCGGUCACAUGAUCUAAUUUUACCCUCCACGAACAUCAGCUCAACACAUCGUGUAUCAGGUGAUAGCACUCCAGACCUGGACGCUGACGACGAGUAACCAAAAAUGCCAGCCAAAAAUGGAUUGCCAGAACUUCUUCCUUGCCUGGACGUAAAUGACCCCCAGUAUGAUGGAGUGGUGGUGGUUACAGACACAGUCCAAAAGUUGCGGGACAAUCAGCUGAACACAUUGGCAGAGGCAGUACAGAACUAUGCAAAAGUGGACUCAGCUUUUGAAAAAGAAGUGGUUUUAAUCAACACAGAUGUUGUUCCUUCGAAAAGACUGAUAUUUGCUCCUACUGGGCCCUUAAACCGGGACUACGAUGAUGUCAGAAGGUUUGCUGAUGCUGCACUCAAAGGAAUGAAGAGGGCCCUGCAGGCUGGCUGUAGGAAACCCCUCCUUGUCCGGCCAAUAGAUGACAGUUUUCCAAAAGCAGGAAGUGUCACAACACUGGGCAGCCUCUCGGCCCUCUAUGUGCCUAUAGAGGUACGAGAGGAUGUACCGUCCAAAUGCUAUAAGGCUGAAGCUGUGGGGAUCUGGUGUAAUUCGGAGGAGAGAGUCAAAGAGGGCAUCGCUCUAGCAAAGGCCGUGGAAUUGGGCAGGAUUAUUACAAGGGAUAUUGGUGGAUCAGACCCAGAAAGAAUGGCUGCCCCCAAUGUGGCCAAGUAUGUGGAGGAAGAGUUCAAGGACACCUGUGUCAAGGUCACAGUGAUAUCCGAUCCUGCCAAACUGAGGCGUGAAUACCCACUGUAUGCUGCAGUCAACAGAUCAGCCGAUCAGGUAGAGAGACACCAAGGUAGGGUAAUUUUCUUGGAGUAUGUUGGAGCAGGAGACAUUGAGAAGACUUUGUUCCUCGUUGGCAAGGGUGUGACCUAUGACACCGGUGGGGCUGACAUCAAGGCUGGGGGAGUGAUGGCAGGAAUGCACAGAGACAAGUGUGGGGCAGCAGCUGUAGCAGGCUUCUUCAAGAUAUUGAGUGAAAUGAAGCCUAAAGGUCUGCGAGUUGUUGGGUCAAUGGCAAUGGUGAGAAACAGUGUCGGUGCAAAUUGCUACGUGGCUGACGAGAUCAUCACUUCACGAGCUGGAGUAAGGAUAAGGGUCGGAAACACCGAUGCCGAAGGUCGUAUGGCCAUGGCUGAUGUUCUUUGUCAAGCUAAGGAACAAGCCCUGAAUGCAGUAAAUCCUCAACUGUUCACCAUUGCAACAUUAACAGGACAUGUCAUCAGAGCCUAUGGACCAAAUUAUACAGCUAUUCUUGACAAUGGACCGGCCAGAAAGUUGAACAACGCCCAGGAUAUCCAGGCAGCAGGGGACACAUGGGGGGAUCCCUUCGAAAUCUCAACUCUCAGAAGAGAUGACUACGACUUCCAUCGCGGACCCUCAGAGUAUGAGGAUGUUCUCCAGUGUAAUAAUGCCCCAUCUUCAGCCACAGCUCGGGGUCACCAAACCCCAGCAGCAUUCAUGAUAGAGGCUUCGGGACUGGAGAAGCACGGUAAGGAUUCAGACAAACCUCUGCCAUAUUCCCAUCUAGAUAUUGCUGGCUCAUCAGGACCAUUCCCAGGAAUCCCCACUGGAGCCCCUAUUGUUGCCUUGGCAGCACACUUUGUUUUCCCACGGUGCUAAGCAUCAUGGGUAAGCAAGCACAAAUAGGGAAUGAUGGACAAAAAAAUACUAAAUUAAAUAAACUGAUAUCUGGAAUAUGAAUUUGUCAUCCAAUACAUGUAAUCAGAUUUAAUCUGUGUAAUACACCUAGAAAAUAGUGUACAUUUAUUUUAGAGGUAGAUGUUUUCCCAAAGAGGUCUUUUCUGUUCUUUUUAACAAAGACAUGUAUAUAUCAUGGUGAUUGUAAAGCAUAAUUCAUUUGAUUUGGAAAAAAAUUCCAACACAUAAUAUGUUUGAUUUAUUCUGCACAGCUGACUACAUUUGCAUUGUAAUCAUGGUAAAGGUAUAAUGUGCUUUUGCUUUGAUUUGUGAUAAAUGAUUAUUUUCUGAGUAAAACUAUCUCUCUGAG